UAAUUAGAAAAACGGAAGGACAAGCGGAGAUCGAAGUCAAUUACGACACUGGCAAACGCACUCUGCAAAGUAAGAGGCAACCCUUUCUACCCAAAUCUCCAACUUCCGCAGUGGACGUACUUGAAGCAUUUAAAGAUGAAAACAUCAUGAGUCGUUUUGGGAUGACCCAGGGAAGUUCUCCGAAUGUUUUUUUAAAAAAACUUUACACGUCUGGAUCAUUUGCAUAUUGCAUAUUUUCGUCGGACAAGGUCAUUACUUUGAUGCAAGCAAAUAUUGAGGAGCAGAGUCGGCAUUUUUUAAUUGAUGCUACAUUCAAAGUAUGCCCGUUUGGAGAUUUUAAGCAACUACUUAUUAUUUACAUAAAGCAUUUGCAGAAGAUCACCCCAUUCUUAUUUGUCUUAAUGACGCGCAAAACGGAGCUCUGUUAUCAGCAUUUAUUCACCUAUGUAGAUUCAAAUAUUUGUUGCUUAAAAGGGGCAUCAUUUAUUUCCGACUACGAAACAGCGAUGCGGAACGCCUUAAAAAACUUGCAUUCUUCCAUGAAUUUUUAUUCUUGCUGGUUCCAUUUUACUCAAGCAUGCAAGAGAAAUGCAAGAAAAACAUAUGGUCUAGAAAAAAUGCUGAAAUGCAAUAAACCGGCUUAUCUUCUAUUUAUGAAAUUCUUGUACUUGCCGCUAUUACCGGAUACCAAAAUUGUCGAAGCAUUUAAUCUUCUCGAAAUACAAGCAGCUGCUCUAAGCAAGGGGAACUUUUCGCCCUUUUUAAAAUAUUAUAAAAAACAGUGGCUUAUAAAGGAAGGACCUAAAAAUAUUUCAGUUUUUAAACGUUCGACGCGGACCACAGGCUCUGUUGAAGCAUACAAUUUGAAUUUGGGCAACAAAAUACGAGCAAAACGGCACUUUUUUAAAUUUGUUGAAUGCAUCAUAGACGCCGAAUAUGAAAAAAGUCGGGAGUUCGCUCUGCUUUUUCAAAACGGUGGUAUAGGCAAUCAAACGCAACCAAAGCAGCUUCGAGACCGUGCUCAAAAAAUUAUGAACUGUAUGGAGAUGUUCGAGAAAGGCGAAAUCGAUAUUCAGGGUUCUUGGCACGGACUGUCGGUCUAAAUGAAACAUUUUUAAAACAAGAUUUUUUUUCUGGAAUGUGUUCCGACCUAAACUCUUCCACAUCAUCGUCAUCAAGUUCAUCAAAUUUAAGCCAACUCUCGGAUUCGUUAUUUAUACAACAAAAUCCUUGUAAUGUAUGCUUAAUGAAUCUGAAAUCUGUAAUGCUUCGCCCCUGUAACCAUGUCAACAUAUGUAGUACAUGCUGGGUCCAACUUGUCGAUAACCACGAACAAAAUGGAAUUGAAACUAAUCCCAAAUGCCCGACCUGCCAACAGGAAGUCGAAGAGGCUAUAAAAAAUGUAUAUAUAUUAUAUAUAACUAAAUAAAUUUAAACAAUGUAA